GUUUGGGUUCUGUUUUGUGAUUGGCUGCGCAGGAAGUAAAUACAGCAGUGCAUCAGGUAACCCUCGGUGGGUUACAACAGACAUUUGACUUCAAACCAGUGAAAACUAGUCCUCUAUACUGGUUUCACUGGUCCAACGCAGACAAAUAGAGGCAGCAGCGCGGAGAGCAACCAUGUCCGUCUUCAUCCACACCCGGGGCGAGGCGGGCGGCGGGGUGGCCGCCCACCUCCGGUGCUCUCACUGCGGCCACCUGUCCAAGAGCCACGCCCAGCAGCUGGCCCACCUGGCGGCGUCACACCCCACGUGCCUGGAUGACGUGGCCGUGGGUCGCCUUGGCAACAUCCUGAUGUACCAGAGCAGCGCGAGGCUCUUCCACUGCUCUGAAUGCUUCCACACCUGUAAGGACUUCAGCAAGCUGUACAAACACAUCAUCGCCCGGCACUGCAUGGUGGAGAAGGAGGAAGAGGGAGGAGGAGGAGGAGAGGAGGGACAGGAAGCAGAGGAGGUGGAAGGAAGGAAGGAUGAAGAAAAGCUGGAGGGUCCGAAAAGAAAGAGGAGCAGUGAUGAAGAGGAGGAGGACAGCCCUGAAAAUAAAAAGAAGUGUGAAGAUGGAGAGAAAGCAGCUGCUGAAAGGAAGCAGGUUGAGAAAGAGGAGGGAAAGAUGAAGAGUGAGGAGGAAGAGGAGAUAAAGAAGAAUGAGGAGGAGAAGGAGGAGGGGAAGAGGAAGAACAAGGAGGAAGAGGGGAAGCGGAAGAGUAAGGAGGAGGAGCAGUGUGAGGGGAAGGCCGGUGAGGAGGAGAAGCAGUACGUUCUGACGUUCGACGGCGUUCUGUUCCACUGUAAGAUCUGCGGUUGGAGCCACAGGCAGCGCUCCGUCUCCGUCAGCCACAUCGUUCGCAAACACGAGAUCCCCAAGAGUUACGCCAGCCACGCCCUGGCCAAGAGCCGGCAGCUGCAGACGGGCCGGGCCGAGGAGGAGGACGGCGCCGGGAUGAGCGAGGAGCUGAUGAAGGAGGAGAUGGAGGUGGCGGCGCGGUGGGUGGGCUCCGUCUCCCACCGCUUCGUCUGCCUCGUCUGCAACUGGAAGAGCAAACUGAAAGGCUUCGUUCUGACCCACAUAGAGCGCUACCACGAGGUGGAGCGGCCGUACCGCUGCAGCUCCUGCCCCCAGAGCUUCUUCCUGCCCAGCCGGCUGCAGCAACACGCCCGCACCGCCCACCGGCCCGGCCGCUACGCCUGCCCCUUCUGCUGGUUCCGCUCCGAGGUCCUGGGCGGCUUCAGGAGGCACUGCAGCCGCUGCAGCGCCCGCGAGGAGGAGGAGCUGCCGGGGGAGGAGGAGGAAGAGGAGGAAACGAAGGAGCUGGAGCCGGAGGAGAGGAAGGAGACCAGAGGGAUGAGGAGGCGCAGGAGCCUGGGGAGGAGGAUGGAGGAGGAAGAGCUGGAGGAGGAGGAGGAUGACUAACACUAAAUAAACUAGAAACAUCUCCAUUUUCUAUAAAAACUCUGUGAGCGAUGUGAGCUGAAUGUUUCUGGUGAAAAAUGUAGAAACAUUUGAAGUCAAAUGUAGAAGAAAUAAACAGAAGCAGCAGAAUAAACUAAAAUCCUGCAAAACGCCUAAAGAAAAAC